AAAACAUAUCAUUGAUCUUUCAAUCCCCAGAAUGCCCUCACGCACUGACUCCCCCCUCAACAUUGCCAUCAUCGGCGCCGGCCUAGGCGGCCUCAGCGCCGCCGUGGCUUUACGUCGCCGAGGCCAUCGAGUCACCGUCUACGAGCGAUAUGAUUUUGCCGGCGAGGUGGGCGCCUCCCUGAGCGCAGCAUCCAAUGGAUCCCGGCUCCUAGAGCAAUGGGGUGUUGAUGUUAAAGCUGCGAAGCCGGUAAUCUUGAAGAAGCUCAUCAUGCACGACUGGACGACCGGGACAGUCCGGAACGAAUGUGGCUUGGGGGACUACAAGGCCAAGUUCGGAACGGAGUACAGCAACUUUCAUCGGAUUGACAUCCAUCAACAAUUACUCAAGUCGGCCUUCCACGAGCCGGGUGACGGCACCCCCUGCAUUUUGAGAGUGAACCACAAGGCCGUGUCACUCGACGCGGAGGCCGGGCGCAUCGACUUCGAGAAUGGAGAGACGGCCUCGGCCGAUCUCAUCGUGGCCGCGGAUGGCAUUCGCGCAAUCUCCCUAAAUAACACUUCGCAGUCCGAGAGCCGCCUCCAGAUGGAAAUCACCCCGGAAUUUGCCAUGUCGACCUCCUGCUGCUAUCGGUGUAUCAUCAGCGCCGAGAAGCUCCGCCGCCUCGGACUCGACGACUACAUCGACAACGAGGCCAUCGAGUACUGGGGAGGGUUCGGGAUCAACAAAAUCGUCAUGUCGCCUUGCAGUAACGGGGAGGUCGUGAGCUGUUACUGCUUCUACCCUGCCGAGCACAACAAUCUGCGGGACGAUGGCUGGAACAUCUCGGCUACCCCGGAGCAGCUGGUGGCCACGUUCCCGGGCCUGGAUGAACGCAUGAAGCGGUUGAUGUUACAUGCCGAAGAUAUCAAGAUGUGGCGCUUAUAUCGUCACCAACCAUAUCCCUACUGGGUCAAAGGGAAAGUAUGCUUGUUGGGUGACGCCGCUCACCCCAUGAUGCCCGACCAGUCUCAGGGCUCGUGUAUGGCCUUCGAGGAUGCCGGCGCCUUAGGGCUGAUCUUCCACCGCACCUUCAUCGAGGAGUAUAGCGUGGCCGAGGGGCUACGGCUGUACGAGCGGCUGCGCAAGCCACGGGCCACGCAACUCCAAGCGGCCAGUUUUCGGGCGCGGGAGGACCUCAAUGAGCGUAUCGGGUGGAGCUCAUCGACGGACCGGCCGGGGAAAUUGACCAUCGAGGAGGUUUGUGGGUACAAUAUGCAGAUGCAUCUCGAGGAGUUGAAGGGCCAGUAGUGGGAGACCAAGUGUAUAUAGACAACGGGUGGAGACUAUGAAUAAG